AUGGAGGAUUCAAGUACUUCAUUAUUAUCUACACUAGAAGAAGAUUCUACAUCAUUAUCUCAAUUUCCACCAGAAAGUUAUGCAGAUGAAAGUCAAGAUUCAAUAUCAGUACCAAAUUCAAAAAAAGUUAAGUUAGAAGAUGAUGAAAGUACAAAUGAUGGUGAAUCAAAUAAAAAAGUUCGUAUGUCUAGGUUACUUACUCAAGAUACAAUACACAUGCAAGUUGAGGUUGAUCAAAUUAUAGAAUAUGAAUGGCCUCUCAAGUCAAAUGUAAAAUAUUUUAUUCAAGAGCAAAUUGCUGAAUUACUAGAUAUUAAGUCUUUUAAAAGGAAAUACCCUGAUCUCACAAGAAGACCUGUUGAAGCUAAUGAGCGCAAUUAUUUGGUUGAUGUUCUUCAUUUGGAAAAAGUUUUACCUAAGCAUAUGCUGUCAAAUUUAACUGCUCUUAGAAGCUCUGAAAUUCAUCAAUUAAUGAGUCAAGAACAUCCAGAGAAAUAUGCAGAUUAUCAAAGAGUUUCAUCAGAAAGGGCAAAGGCAGCUUUAGCUGAACAACAAAAAAUGUUACAAGCUUUAAAAAAUGAUUCUAAACAAUUAGAAAUAGUUAGAAAAAAAGCAAUGGAGAAUUGUAGUAGGUUUAAUUCAUUUCUUCAGGAAGUUAAAAGAAAGGAACGUUUUAAAUUUUUUGAUCUACAAACAGGAAUAAUACAAGAACCACAAAAUUUAAGAUACCGAGCUACGGCAGAUGAAACAAAGAUUGGUGAAUAUCCUGUUGCUUUGUUACAAGGUCAAUAUACAGAUGGAUAUAAAAUUUGGUCUUCAGAUGAAUUGAGGAAAUUACCUUUAAGUACAGCUAUUGAAACAGAAACAUUAUAUCCUGUGGAAAGACCAGUUUCUCCAACAGAAAAUUUAGAGAUUUCUGAGGAGGAACAUAAAAAUUAUAUAAAAAAACGUGAGGAAGAAGAAGAUAGAAAACAAGCUUUAUUGUUGCAACAAAAUCCCGAUACACCACUAAUUUUAAACAAAGAUGGAAAAAUAUAUAGAUGUUCUAAUUGCUCAAAACAAGGUACUGAAGAAAAUACUAUUGAAUGUGCUAAAUGUAAUACAAAUUGGCAUCCUGAAUGUUUAAAUAUGCCACCAAGAAUGGCUGCUGUUGUUAAAAAUUAUGAUUGGCAUUGUGCUGAAUGUAGAAUAUGUACAGUAUGUAAUAAAAUUAACCGUGAUGAUCAAGUAAUGUUUUGUGAUGUUUGUGAUAGAGGUUACCAUACAUUUUGUGUUGGUAUACAGAGACCCCCAGAAGGUACGUGGUUUUGUGGUAAAUUUUGUGUUACUGAUGGUAAAUGCCAAAAAUGUUCUUCAAUUUUGGUAGAAAAAAAGACACCUUCUAGGGGAAGACCACCUAGGAAACCGGCUGCACCUGUAGAUAAAAUUGUUCAGACAAUCUCUGGAAUGUGUGAUGAAUGCACAGAGAAAU